AGGUUAACUAGAAUAAGCAAACCCAGCUUGUCAAUGAAAUAAAACACACACUGUUACGAUCAUUCUCCAAUCUUCUUCUUCUUCUUCAUUCUUCAUUUCAAAGCAACAACCUUUAAUUCAAUGGAGACCCAAAUGUUCUUAAAGUUCAUAUUUUUCUCUUCAACGCUGUUUCUUCUCUCCGCAUUUGCCACCGCCACCGACGUUCAAUAUUGCAAUAAGAAAGCUGACUAUGAUGUUGAGGUCAAAGGAGUUGAAAUAAUCCCUAAUCCAGUUACUAGAGGCCAACCUGCUACAUUCAGCAUUGCUGCUGCUACAGGUCAAGAGUUAUCUGGAGGGAAAAUAAUAAUUGAUGUCUCAUAUUUUGGAUGGCACAUACAUAGUGAGACUCAUGACCUUUGUGGAGAAACGACUUGCCCCAUCUCGAUUGGUGAUUUUGUGAUCGCUCAUUCGCAGGUUUUACCAGGAUACACUCCACCUGGUUCAUACACUCUGAAGAUGAGGAUUUAUGAUGGAGGAAAACAUGAGCUGAGCUGUAUAACGUUUGGUUUUGAUAUUGGGGUUGGUUCCUCUUCCUCUUCCUCUAUCGCCGAUAGCUAAUUGGACUGAAGCAUCGGUUGUCAAAUCUGAUGCUUAGAUCCAAAUGCAUUACUUGUACAAACUCUAAAAUACCCUCUUAGUAGUUAGUUUCUUGUAUUACAAUCCAUCAUGAGUAGAAUGUGGAUUAACAAUCAUGAAGUAUGCCUUGUACAGGUUGAGACCUGUUAUUAAUAUCCUAAGAUAUGCGAUUCGAAUCACGCUAUUUUCCCCUCAUCUUUUUGUAUAUUCUGACCAAGCUAAGAGAUCUAUAUAUCUAUUCUGCCUA